ACGGAAUUUCAUGACGAAAGGGCAAAAUGAAAUUUAUACCUGCAAAACUAAAUGUGUUACUGCCGCGCCUAAAAUAUACCUGCGAAAACCUUUCGGUUCACGGUCCAAGUUUUUUGGCUCGUAACGACGUUCAUUUUGUGUACAGGAUAUUUUAUUUUAUAAUUUAUGUACACGUUUGGAUUGCAGCAGUUGCCUCAAUAUAUAAAUACAUUUCGACAUAUCAAGAAGACACGAUACGCUUUACAACACAAACGGAUUAUCUCGACUGGAAUACCACUGUACCCUCAGUCACAGUGUGUGAAAUUGCCAAUUUAGACAAAAUAUUAGUGGAGCUGCAAAAGUUAGAAAGACAGUACAGUGGAGCGUCACUCCUCUUUGCGAAGGACAUCGCUUUUUAUAGUGGAGAGUGCCAGAGUUGCUCAUUACUAGAAAACGUUACGGUUCAGGAUUUUAAAUUGGCAAAUUAUAGUGCUGCAUUUCGCUCCGAGUGCAAAGAUCUGUUUAUUACCUGCACCUGGGAUGACAAACCUAUGAACUGCUGCCAACAUUUCAAACCGAUUCAAACUGAAUAUGGACGUUGUUAUUCCAUGAAUAAUAACCAAAUUGAGGGAAUUCGAUCACCCUACUAUGUUGCAUCGUCGAAUAUCCGUAAACUAAGCUCACUUCAACUUGAAUUAGCACAGGAUUUUGAGGCCUACCUACAUUCACCCGAGGAUGUACCUUAUUGGAAUAUGGAAUUAGAUCGUAGAGUGUCAGUCUUUCAUGGUACAGAGGGUUCUAUAUUAUUCUCUAUCGUUGAUAUACUAAAUGAACCUGAACUUUCUCUUAUUCCUCCUAAUGUUCGUCAAUGCAGGUUUCCUGAUGAAUCGCCUGAUAAUUUCAAGAGUUACCGACACUACAGUUACUCAGUGUGCAUCAUUCACUGCCGUAUUGAAGCGCAGCUGGAGUUUUGUAAUUGCACCUCACAUUUAUCCCCAGAUGAAUACAAAGACAGGUAUUGUGACUUACGAGGCAUGCAAUGUUUGACAAAGCACUAUGCAACACUGAAAAAACUCAAAGUACCUGGUGUGAAUGAAACCGGUUUGAAUUGCGAUUGUCUCUCCUCUUGCGUAGAGCCUGAAUACAAUACGGUAGCUAAGAAAGUAAUUAAUCGUGGGAGUGAUUUAAAAGCUCGAACCGUCAAAUUCAUUUUGAGUAACAGACCCUAUGAAAGAGUCACUCGACAAGUAGCUCGUACGGGAUUGGAUCUGGUGGUCGCUAUGGGGAACUGCUUUGGUCUUGGUUUUGGUGGUUCUGUACUUUCUAUCGUUGAAGUAUUUUACUACCUAUGUUUUAAACAGUGGAGGUACAUCAACGUAAAAUAG